ACCACGUCCGCCUGGCCCCGCCUGCCUCCAAUUUCCAAUUGACACUGGCCGCGGAAACUCAGGUGGGAGCGAAGGCCCAGAGGUCCCGCGCAGGUUGGUGAGCGUCUGCGCAGCGCUAGCUUUCGCGAGCUGGCCUGGGGAGAGUACAGCUGCCAGAUGGUUUUGCCAUAUGAAGUUGAAAAUGGCAGAAGAGGAGGACUAUAUGUCUGAUUCCUUCAUUAAUGUCCAAGAAGAUAUCAGACCAGGCUUGCCAAUGCUGAGGCAAAUCCGAGAAGCCCAUCGAAAAGAAGAAAAGCAACAGGAAGCUAAUUUGAAAAAUAAGCGGAAGAGUUUAAAAGAAGAAGAACAAGAGAGACGUGACAUUGGACUGAAGAAUGCACUAGGCUGUGAAAACAAAGGGUUUGCUUUGCUCCAGAAGAUGGGAUAUAAAAGUGGUCAGGCCCUCGGCAAAAGUGGAGACGGUAUUGUUGAACCAAUUCCUCUUAAUGUCAAAACAGGAAAAAGUGGCAUUGGUCAUGAGGCAUUACUAAAACGGAAAGCAGAGGAAAAAUUGGAAAGCUACAGAAGAAAGAUUCACAUGAAAAAAGAAGUUGAAGAAAGAGCUGCAGAACAGUUUCGAAUGCGACUUAAAAAUAAGCAAGAUGAAAUGAAGCUAGAAGGAGAUCUUAGAAGAAGCCAGAGAGCCUGUCAACAGUUGGAUACUCAGAAGAAUAUUCAGGUUCCCAGGGAGGCAUGGUACUGGUUGAGGCUUGAAGAGGAAACUGAAGAAGAGGAAGAGGAAGAAAAAGAACAAGAUGAAGAUGAAUAUAAGAGUGAAGACUUAAGUGUACUGGAAAAAUUACAAAUAUUGACUAGUUAUUUAAGAGAAGAACAUCUGUAUUGUAUUUGGUGUGGAACAGCCUAUGAAGAUAAAGAAGACCUGUCUUCAAAUUGCCCAGGACCAACUUCUGCAGAUCAUGACUAAGAUUAUUCUCAAUAAAGUAGAAGCUUGGCAAAUGUUAUUGUUUCCUAGACAGUUGAGCAGUUAGAAUUUCCAAAUUUUUGAUACCAGUAAAGAAAGAGGGCCUUUAUAUGUUUCAUUGUUUUUAUACAUUAGAAGUACUUUGUACUUUAGAAUAUAAUUGUUCACUGGCUUCAAAAACAUAAUGGAAAGCCAUUUCAGAACACAAGUAUUAUAGACAUGGGCAAUUACAAUUUAUGACUCUUUUGUGACGUUUAUGGAAUUUAAGGACACCAACUCUCUUAUUCACUUUGGAACAAAUUGAGAAAUAAGACAUAGGAGUUAGAGAUCAAAAUAUCAGCUUUAUUAUCAAUGAAAUAAAGAGCUAGUUGACUUGUUCUCCAGUCAUGCUCCCUGCGAGAUCUCCCUGGUUAGAGAGAACUGCCGACCUUGCCUCGGAGGGACAGAGCCCAUCUUUGCAUUAGGAGACCAUUAGCUUUCAAGGUGAGAGAACCAACCCCUCAGGGGUGGGGCCAUACAUGCUCAGUUCCUUUUCCCAAAAUCACUCAUCAGAUGAGACACCUCUCUGUUGAGACGGAAUGAAUACAGGUUCACAGAGCUUGUUCCCACACUUCUCUCUUCCAAGGAGCAAGAAGUUCCCUUCAUGCAAGCAUGAGAAGGAGGGGAAAAGUAUUCCCCUCAGUAAGAGUAAUGUCAGAGGCAAGGUUCCAUUAAUAGUACUUAAUUCUAAUCAGUUUUAGAAACAAAGUAGUGAUGAUAUUCCGUAAAAUCGUUGAGUUUUUAUAGCAAUGUGUAUAUCCAUUAUAAGUGAACAAUUGCCCAUUUUGGCUAAAGAAACAAUCAUUAGGAGUAACCUUAAAUAUCAGGUGAUCCAACUUCUUAAUCCCUUUGACAACAUUCCUAGCAGGUGCUAAUCCAACCUCUGCCUUUAUUCCUCCAGUCACAGAGAGCUCACUGCUUUAAAAUGGACUGUUGCAUUGCUGGGUAGCUCUAAGUCAUUUUAAAAGUUAUUUUUCUGUCUUAAGCUGAGUUCUGCUUCCCUAUAAUUUAACCAGAUAUAGCUAAAGACAUACCAUGUGGCACAUCUCUAGAGAGCUCCAUCUAAGUUUGGGCAUCAAAAUCAUGAACUUUUUUAAAGUUCACAAGCUCAGGUGCCACCCUUAGUGACUUGAUUCAGCUAGUCUAGGAUAGUUUCUGGAUAUCUAUUUAUUUUAAAGUUCUAAGAAUGUGUCUGAUUAUCACCUGUGGAUGAGAACUAGCGCUCUAGGUUAAACUAGAGCAUGACUGUUCUUCGGAUCAAGUUGUGACCUCAUCUGUACAGUUUUACAGCUCACCUUUCAGUAGCAUUGAGCAAGAGAUCAGCCUCUUUUUAUUAUAAACAGCAUACCUGACAACAUAGCAGAAGCUAACCUACACUUGCCCAAAUUAAGAUAAUCAAUGGUAUGAGUUGUAUUAGCCUCUGACCUAAUUUGACCUAGUUCACUUGUUCUAAAGUCUAACUUGGGGAGCUUUAAAAAACAUGAUAUUACAAAGGUCCCACCUCCAGAGAUUCUGAUGUAAUUGGUCACUGUGGCCUGUGUAUCACUACCCUUGAUUCUAAAAUGCAGCAGAGGGACUUCCUGGUGGCACAGUGGAUAAGACUCCACGCUCCCAAUACAGGGGCCCGGGGUUAGAGCCCUGGACAGGGAACUAGAUAACACACACAUGCCGCAACUGAGAGUUCACAUGCCACAACUAAGGAAGCUGCCUGCCUCAACUAAGACCCCAUGCAAUCAAAUAAAUAAAUAAAAUGCAGCAGAGCUUGAAAACGUAGUUAACUUCUGGGCCUCAGUUCUUCAUCUAGAAACUGAAUUAUGAGUUUUAUGACUAUAAAUACAUAUAUAAAAUAUUGGAGCUUAUAUAGUUGGAUAAAACUGAUAGUUACUUUUUCCAUUUAAAAAAAUCGUAACAUUGUAUUAACAGCUAAAACAAAGUAUAUCUUCUUCUUGGAAUUAUAGUCACAUCCUUUCCUGUCAUUUCAGCCAACAAACCAACAUUCAUUUGGACAGACCCAACGCCAUGUGGAUAAUUUCAGACAGAAUGGAGUUAGGAACUGGCUUCCUUUUCUCCUCUUACUGACUGUAGGGCAACCUGCCCAGUGGCCUAGAGUAUUUUGAAUAUGUCUGUGAACAAAUAUGCUGUGAAUGUAGGAAUAACCUUGAUGGAACCCAUAAGUCCACCAGAGUUGUGGUCUGCAUUUCCAGGCCAGAGGCCAGAAAUUUACUUGUUGUCAUUUACUUUUGUUUAUAUUGUACUAUGUUUAUUUUCAGAGUCCUAUCUAGAAUUUCUAAAAUGUUUCAUUUUCCUACUUAUAAACCCAAAAUACUGGAGCUUUUAAAAUUCAAAAUAAAUAGACUUUAAUAUACUAAA